CUAGAAUGUAGUGACUCCAGUCUGGUAACUUGAAAAAGGGGAAGGAAACGAUGAUUGUUGAAACAUCUGUCAUGAAGUGGAGCUAAGUUCAAUUCGUUCUCAAAAAUUGCGACUAUCAUGGCGAUAUAGCACUUAAAUGCACAAUUUUCUCAAUUUAAAUCAUUGCCACAACACUAUAAUUACUGUUGAAUAUUUAGUUUUCAUUAUUGAAAAUUAUCUCAACACUAUACGAAAAUAUUAGUUGGAUAUUAUAGGUUAGAGUGAAUAGUUUAUCGUGGAUAAAGAUCUUUAGAUUAUUUCAAUACUGCUGGAAAUAAUUGUUAAAAUUUUUUAACUAACCUAAAUAAACAGCACCAUGAGUUCAGGUAGACCAAUCAAAUGUGUUGUCGUUGGAGAUGGAACAGUGGGGAAAACCUGCAUGUUAAUAUCGUAUACAACUGACAGUUUUCCAGGAGAAUAUGUACCUACUGUGUUUGAUAAUUAUUCGGCACCAAUGGUUGUAGACGGUAUACCUGUAAGCUUAGGUCUGUGGGAUACUGCUGGACAAGAAGAUUAUGACAGAUUACGACCACUUUCUUAUCCACAAACAGAUGUUUUUUUAAUCUGUUUUUCUGUAACAAGCCCGUCGUCAUUUGAGAAUGUGACAAGCAAGUGGUAUCCUGAAAUAAAACAUCAUUGUCCUGAUGCUCCAAUGAUUCUUGUUGGAACAAAGAUUGAUUUACGUGAUGAUCGAGAGACUUUAACGGCUCUAGCUGAGCAAGGUUUGAGCGCUAUAAAACGUGAGCAAGGUCAAAAAUUAGCAAAUAAGAUUCGUGCGGUUAAAUAUAUGGAAUGUUCAGCUUUAACGCAACGUGGUUUAAAACAAGUAUUUGAUGAAGCAGUACGAGCUGUACUACGACCAGAGCCACAAAAACGUCGUCAAAGAAGAUGCCUAAUGUUGUAAGGUACAUAACAAACACAUAAGUAAACAAAAUAGUUUAUUAUUAAUAAUCAAUAACAAAGAGAGGAAACGAGAUAUAAAGCCAUAUUGAAAGGAAUAAAUUAAUUAUCAAGUUUAUCAUUCAGUGCGCAUGAAAAUUCCUCUUGAACGCAUUUUUUAGCAGCUACUAAGUAAAUAAUUUUAGCCGCAUAAAUCCCUAUUUGUACUGAAAUAAUUUUAUCUGAUUAAACAAAAAAUCAAAUAUCUCAGUAAUUGUUUUAGUUUAGGAUAAUAACAGCUCAUAGAACUUGGUGAAUUUAUUGAAUGGUAGUGAAUUUAUUAUUUUUACAAUAUUGAUAGUUAACUCUACAUUGAAUUAUUUACCACUACGGAAAAUUUAGAUUGACUAAAAAUGUUACUAAAGAAAGUUUUUUUUUCAGGAUAAUUGAAUUUUUUUUUAAAUUAGCUUAUAUUACUUUGAGAAUAUUUUCUUUAUUAUCUAUAAUUAUUGAAAUACAUAAAUUAUUAUUUUUAAAAAAUGAUCAUAAUUCAGUGUAGAUUAAACUGCAUCUUUUAUUUUCAAUAAUUUAUUUCAGUUAUACAUAAAUAAAUGUUUCGUAAACAACGAAACUUACAAAAAUAAAAAUUUUCGUAUGAUGCUUGAAAUGGUAACAAAAUCACUAGAGUUCCAUUUUAUAUUGUUUUUCUACGUGGCCAUAAACAAUAAUUUUCCACUAACAAUUCAAGAUUUUAAAGUCUUCAAACCCUAGGUGCCAUAGGAAUAAAAAUCAAAUAUUUAAUUUAAUAAAUUUUUUACUAUAUCUAAAAUUAUUUGUAACAUUACUUGAUUGAGAAACAGUUUAACAACUCUAUUUUUGAUCUGAUUUCAUAAAGACUAUUACAAUGAGCAUAACUGCCUAAUUAUAAAGUCUAUUCACAAAUUUUAUAAAUCAAAUAAUGAAUGAAUACAAAAAAUACUUUUUCCAAUUUUU